AUGUUUCAGCACCUCUUUGAGUGCACAUCAGUCUUCGAACGCCCAGCAGAGCCUGAGAGCGCUGCACAACCGCUGAGGCAACAUGCCUUGCUGUUGAAGGCCAUUUGCCUCUUGAACGAGUCUUCCGAUGCUGAGGCCGACAUCUCCGAGUGCUUGGAGAAGUGGCUCCAGUUAGCACACCCAGGCGAAGCUGGCUCGGUGGUUGAACGUUUGCAGCGUUUGAAAGAGGAGGGCAAGGGCACUGCGGACACGGUGGUGGCCUUGGGUUUGAUGCAGCUCCUCCAAAGCCAGGAGUCACUGGUGAACACCUUUGCCGAUGCAGUGAUCUUGGAUGACCUCAAGGAGGGUGACAGCUUCUUUGGUACCCAGCAGCGCAGGGCGACGAGGUGGAACAUGCUCGGUGCAGUUCUGGCCAACCGGGGCCAACCGGAAAAGGCCAUCAGUGUGUGGCGCCAAGCCUUGCAGUGUCAGCCACACUACCCCAGAGCCUUGGUGAACAUGGCCAUGUCACAGCUGAAAUGCGGCGACUUCCUGGGCGCUUGCGCCAGCCAAGCGAAGGCCUUGAAGGUCUUGCCGCCCUGGGCCACCGAGGAAAUCUGGCAGCAGCUGGAGAAGGAUCGGCUGGAGGGCUACAAAGGAAAGGAAGAGAUUUCUCAGGACUCCCAAGUUGAAGCAAAGGCAUCGGAAAAGGUGGUGACCAAUGACGAGACCGAGGUCAUCAUCAGCCGGGAGGAGAUCUCUCAAAAGUUUGGCAUGAUGAUCGACGUGGAGCCACUAGAGGACGGUGGGCAUCGCAUUAGUGAUAUCAGAGAAGGAGGCAUCGUGGACCUUUGGAACAAGCAGAAUGACACGCUUGCUCUGCGAGUGAACGACGUCCUGAUGUCAGUGAACGGCAUGUCAACCUUUGAGGGGAUGAUGGAGCAGUUUAAACAUCAGCUGUCUUGUCAAUUGAAGAGAAGGAGAAGGCCUGCACCACAGCCUCCAGCUGAAGGUCUGAAAGAAGACGACAGCGAGGCAAAGAAAGAAGCAGCAGAAUGGGAAAGGAAAAAGAUCAUCGAUAGCGAGUUUGGUUCGGGUGCCGGCGAGCGCCUCGGACGCAUCGAGAAGAUGUACCACAGAGUUGGAAGCAAUGACAUUUUCCAGGAAGAGCUUCCAACUGGACGUCGUUUGGCGCCAGGAUAUGUGGAGAAUUUGAUGCCCGUUUGUCCCUUCCAUGAUCUGAAAGAUCAUCCUUGGUGUGCUGAGUUGAAGAAGCAUUGGAAGCAAAUUAGGCAAGAGCUCAAGAAGAAUUUGGACGAGUCUCUUUGGACACCGGGUGCCUAUCAGAAAUCCAAUGAAGCAUAUGGAAAAGAUUGGAAGAUCAUGGGAGUUCUCACAGAAGAUAAAUGGCAAGAUCCAGAACGCUUCAAGGUGACCACAGGGGUGCUCAAACAGCUUCAAGGUAUCAAGCCCUUCGAAGCAUUCUUUGCAAAGAUGCCGCCACGCACAACGAUUGCGCCGCACUCUGACAAUCUCAACUAUGUUCUCACAUCGCACUUGGCUCUGGAACUUGAAGAGGGCAAGUGCUCCAUCACAGUGGGCAAUGAGGAGAAAUAUUGGAAAGAAGGUGAAAUGGUGAUUCUGGAUACCACCUUCAUCCAUUCCACGAAGAAUGAGUCCAGCCGUCCUCGCUAUGUUCUGGUGCUGCGUUUUUGGCACCCCGGGCUCACUGAGGAGGAGAGGCGGGCGAUUCACGUGUCACACAUGAUCCUGGCACGAGCCGCACAGUGA